AUGAUAGAUGUCUGUGAAGGAACAAUUGAGCUGAACUUGGGAAAGGACCUAAGGAUGAAGUUUGAUAUCAAGGAUACAAUGAGGAAACCAACUAUAGAAGAAGGAUAUGUGAGCUCAGAAACUGAUGAGUACAAGAAGCUCCUUGACACCUUCAGACCAGUUCCAAACAUUCUGAGCAUUGAGGGGUUGGACAGGCCAGUUUGCGAAGUCAUGGCAGUGAGCUCGAUCAAGAGCUCGAUCGAGUCGGGUCUCGAACAAACAAACUCGAUCGAGCUGGGGACUGAAUGCAAGGAGCAAGCUCAAGGAGAUUGGUCUGAGCUCAAGGCGCCUAAAGUCGACCUCAAACCUUUGCCUGAGGGCCUCAGGAAGUACAGAAAGGCAAUAGGUUACACUCUAGAUGAUAUCAAGGGGAUCUCCCCUGACCUAUGCAUCCAUAGGAUUCAUCUAGAGGAUGAAAGUAAGUCAAGCAUUGAACCUCAGAGGAGAUUGAACCCCAAUCUAAAGGAAGUAGUGAAGAAAGAGAUACUCAAGUUGCUUGAUGCUGGGAUAAUCUAUCCCAUCAGUGAUAGCACUUGGAUAUCUCCAGUUCAUUGCGUCCCAAAGAAAGGGGGGAUCACUGUCAUUAAAAAUGACAAAGAGGAGCUGAUUCCCACUAGAACAAUAGUGGGGCAUCGCAUGUGUAUUGACUAUAGGAAGUUAAAUUCAGCAUCUAGAAAGGAUCAUUUCCCUCUCCCUUUCAUUGAUCAGAUGUUAGAAAGAUUAGCAAACCAUCCCUUUUAUUGUUUUCUUGAUGGCUACAGUGGUUUCUUCCAAAUCCCGAUCCACCCUAAUGAUCAGGAGAAGACCACUUUCACAUGCCCUUAUGGUACCUUUGCUUAUCGAAGGAUGCCAUUUGGGCUGUGCAAUGCCCAGCUACUUUCCAGAGAUGCAUGA